GAUGUGCCACUGAAACCAUAUUGCUUCAAUUUGUCUUCUUUGUGUAUGUCUAGAAUACGGAACAGGGUCACAAUUUGCCGUGUUAGCUCAUAUGGUCCAUCAUUGACAUUGCAAACUGCAUGCAGAUUCUCGACAUCCCGACAGGCGCCCGAAGAGACCGUAAUGUUCAAGAAAGCUGUACAAGACCAUCCGGGACCAUCUGCUAAACCCCUUCAAUCCACCCUUUUUCGCAGCAAUGGGACGCAGCCUCCGAAACCGCCUCCGCAAUCACUAGGGGUUAAACGAAAAAUCGAGAUGGCCAAUGUCGGAGGAUCCGCCUUAGGAUCUCUUCACAACACCGUAUACUUCGAUGAAAAUGAUUUCGAUGAUGACCUUGACUUGGAUAGCGAAGAACCAGAGCCCUUUAUACCACCUCCAAAAAUAGUGAGGCCAAGCAACGAGCAACAGGUACCGUCUCAAAGUCCUACAAUUAUCGACUUGGAUGGGAUUAUAAGCAAGCCGGCUCCGGCACCCACGACUACGUUCGAAGAUGACAACAUAGACAUAAAGUACCCUGAGUUGCCUCCAAUGCCUGAGGAUGACCCGGCGCCAUCCAGCAGCAUACAACUCCCUUGGUCCUCCUCUCCACCGUCUCACUUUCAGAAACCCGCCAAUACUCGAACCUUACCAUGGCUCAAAAAUGAAGAGCCGACACGAGCACCACCAAAAGAUCUAUACAAAAAGCCCGCAACUCCCGCGCGUCCAAAGCCGACUGCGCCAUGGAAUAAAUCGGCUAGCGCAAUCAAGGAGGAACAGAAGGAGUUGCGCCGACAAACUAAGAAGAAUCAGAAGGCCGAUUCUGUGCAACAUAAGCCACGUCCAAAGAUGGCAUCUUUGUUCCUCAGCGAUGAGCAGCGGCACGUUCUUAAUGUUGUUGUUGAAAAGGGAAAGAGCAUAUUCUUUACCGGCUCUGCAGGGACUGGUAAAUCAGUUCUCAUGCGGGAAAUCAUCAAGAAACUUCGCGAUAAGUAUAAAAGGGAACCAGAUAGAGUGGCAGUGACGGCUUCAACAGGCCUGGCUGCCUGUAAUAUCGAAGGCGUUACCCUCCACAGUUUCGCAGGUAUCGGCUUAGGCAAAGAGGAAGUACCUGAACUUGUUAAAAAGGUCAUGCUCAGGAAUGCUCCUCAUAGUAAUGCAUUGGUAUUGACGCUCUACAGAUCAAGAGAAACCCCAAGGCCCGGAACCGUUGGUUGCGUACGAAAGUCUUAAUUAUCGAUGAAGUAUCGAUGGUUGAUGGAGACCUUUUUGAUAAGCUAGAAGAAGUUGCUCGGAAAAUCAGAAACAACGGUAGUCCUUUCGGCGGUAUCCAGCUUGUUGUCACAGGGGACUUUUUCCAGUUACCUCCGGUCCCCGAUGGCAGUUUCCGAGAGGCAAAGUUU